GUAGCAGACUACAAUGCAACUGUAUACCUCUCGUCAUUAAUCAAUUUCACACGUCACAUUUUGAGAGAGAGUAUAAAAUAGAAUUAAUUCUGGAAAUUCUAGUACUAUUAAUUAGUACGCAAUGGAUGAAGUAGAACGUGCGAAAGAGGCAGCGGCCCAACCAGCCCCGGCUACGACAAUUUUUGGCAAGAUUAUUGACGGUUCCAUCCCCGCCAAGAUUAUCUACCGGGAUGAGAAAUGUCUGGCUUUUCACGAUGUCAAUCCACAAGCUCCAGUCCAUUUCCUUGUCAUCCCCAUCAAACCCAUCACCAUGCUAGAGAAAGCAGAGGCUGAUGAUCUUGAGCUUUUGGGUCACCUCAUGCUGACCGCCAAAAAAGUGGCUGCCGACUUGAACUUGAAUAAAGGCUACAGGCUAGUGGUAAACAAUGGAGAAGAAGGCUGUCAAUCUGUUUUCCAUCUCCACAUCCACGUUUUGGGUGGCAGGCAAUUGGGCUGGCCACCUGGUUAAGUUUCUUCUUUCCAUCAAAUUGAGAUUGCUGUAAUACCAGUGAGUCUCAAAUACAUACUCAUAUAAUAUCA